AUGGAAGAGCCAUAUGUCGAUAGUACAAGUUUACCCAUGCUGCAUCCUUUUCGGAGAAAUGGAGCUAAAUGGUUUAAACACCGCACUGAAGUACCAACUGGUGUGAGAAAGGCAAUCAAAGUUGUUUCAAAGGACCAUGGCGCUAUUGGAAAAAAGUGUCACCUUACUAUAAACAAACAUGGUUCUCUCUGUUUAAGAAAAAAAUUGAACUGGGAUGCUUCUAUCAAUUAUCAAGUUGAAGAAGCAAACAAUGAAGACUUCUCUUUCAUUAUAGUGAUGAAGAAAGUACAUCAGAAGCCUGAUGGAACUUAUCUCGAAUCUUCUGGCGAAGAGAAUGUGACAGCCGAAAAUCUCGACCAACGUGAGAAAAAUGAAAUCUAUCUCAAAGCUGCUGCUGGUUCAUCUAAACAAGGCCAUGUCUUUGGACUUGGAGCCUUGCGCAAUGAGGUUUUACCAGCUUUUAAGGCUUCUUCAACUGUACAACAACCUUCUGAAGAACCAGAGAUGAUAACACAACGACUCCAAGAGGUAGAAGCAGAACUAAAACAAAACCGUGAAGAGAAACUGGAAUUUCAGAGAAGAUUUGAAUCCAUGGAGAAAAUUGUUCAGUCUUUGGCAAGUCACAAUGCUUAG